GCAGUAAGCGCCCACGGCUGGUUUUGAUACUUGAUUGUUUUGUUUGUUAUUAAUUGGUUAGUGUUUACCUACAUGUUUGUCAAUAAAUUGGAAUAAAAUAUAGCGGUAAAGGCGAGAAUUAGGAUCCUGGAGGAGGGAAAUGGAACGAUUUGCUAAUUGAUUUAUUUACAUACUGUUAAUUCAAAUUUCAACUUGAAAUUAGCAGAAUUGUAGUAAACAAAAUAUCCAUUGAGAUAGAAGAAUUAGCCUUGACUCGUUUCCUUUACAGACGCUUCUCUAUUGCCAAUAACUCUUAAAGCAUGUCGAGGAAUGCAGCACCAUCAGUGGUACAAAUGGAGAAAUUAAUUUCAAUUAUGGAGGAGAAACGUUGGCUGGCAACAGGUCAUGCUCGCACUACCCACGCCCGGGACCGCACACGAGCUGCGUGGAAAGAAGCUGCACUUAAAUUGAAUUGUGAUGGAAGUGGCUGCAUUAAAAGUUGGCAGCAAUGGGCAAAGUAUUGGAAGGAUAAAAAGGCUGCCAUAAAGAAAAAAGCACUUCUAAUCAGGAUGGCUCCUAUUAGGCCUGUGGGUGAUGAAGAUGAGCCAAUUGUUUUAACUAAAUUUGAAGAGAGGGUUGUGGCACUUAUGAGUGGAGGAGGUUCCACUUCUGGCAAUAGGGGGCUACAAGUUAAUGCUUUUUCUCCACCAGUUAAUGGACAUUGUUCUGUUGUGGGUGUAGUAGAGAUGGCUGAAGAAUCUGAACCAAAUGCCUUUAACAUACAUCCAGGCCCGUCUUGGCAAAGAAAUAUUGUAGAUAACCAAUUAAAUGCAGAACAACAAAAUCAGUCUCGAAUUCCGCCAAUAUCUGCUAUGCAGUCCGCUCGUGAUGACCCAUCUUCAUCACUAAGUGAACAUAGACGUCGUUUAUUAAUGGGAAGGCGACGUCUAAUUCGUCGCUCACAGUUACAGAGGCGGGCGCUAAUUAGUGACCUGGCCGAGAGACUUAUGGCUCUUGAAGAAAGAAAUUUGGAUAUAGAGAAAUCGCAAGCAGAAAUUAGGAGAAUAGAAGCAGAGACUCUUCGAUUGCAGGCAGUGAAUCAGCAGGAGACAAUUGAUAUUUUUAGGCAGAUUAGUAAAUCCUUCCAGGAUUUGGUGGAACAUAUAGUUAAAAAAUAAUUAUUUUCUUCGGAUUCUGAUGUGAAUAGGUAUGCCUUGUGUUACGGAAUAUCUUCAACAACGAAGGUAUUUUCUACAUUGACCUGACGGGAAUCAAAUCGAAGACCUCAAAGACGGCGAGACCUUGUAACGCACAUGAAUAAUUUGCCUUUUUUUCGAAACUUUCUGCGGCGAUACUGUUUGCAGAUGAUACUUUAUUAUUCAAUGUAAACUUAAUAAUUUUGAUGACGUAAACAAUGCUGUUACGCAGGUUAUAAGUCAGUCUCUCAGAUAUACUUUUGGUUGCAGACCAUUACGGAGGUACUUUCACAUGUGCCCAAAUUAGGGACCAUCCAUAAAUAACGUCACACAAAAUUCAGGACUCCCCCCCCACUUCUGUCUCUUGUUUAUCUAUACAAAUUCUACUAAAUAUUGUUCUAUUGUCAGUUCGUCGACCCCCCCUCCCACUUCUAAAGUGUGACGUAAUUUUUGGAUGACCCCUAGUUUCAUGCAACUAAUUUUUGUAAUGUAAUGAAUGUAAUGAAACAAGUCAGUUUCUAAAUCUGCACAAUACCUUCAAUAUUCUGGCUUGACGGUCCACUGAAUUGUAAAUAUCAUGUUGAUUAUCAAGCAAUGUAUUUAUUACUUGAUAUAAUUAUUAUUAUCAAGUAUAAAUUACAUGAUUGAUUCAUGGAGUUCGGUUUUAUGUUAUCCGAAAUCUUAUGAUCUUAUUCCGCGGUAGAAUCCUGCAAGGACCAUGUAGACAAGGGCGUCGUCGAGGAGGAAGGGGGGGGGGGGGAGAAGGGGCAGCUGCCCGCCCCCCCCUACGAAUUACCUACCUAAUUAAAGCAACCAAAGUCCUAAACUAAACUAGACUGAACAUAUUUAAAGCGGGAAGAAGGGGAAUCGUGUGUACACUCAAAUACCAAAUAUUUUUUUUAUUCUAUUUUUCCAACAAAUGUAAUAACUUAUUUACAAGUUUAAUUUAUUCUACAGCCGAGAGCUAGUGUAACUUUACAAAUUGGAUGCUGUUGUUUUGUCAUAGAUGUAUGUAAGGCUCGUAUUACAAAUAAAAAGCUUCAUGCACCCCCAUCCCUCUGACCAUCGGCUGACGACUCCCUUGCAUGUAGAUGCUGUAUUCCAGAUUUUAUAGAACAUAAUUGAAUUAUUAUUCAUAAGACAUUAUGUGUUAAUCGAUUAAUAAAUGAAUUAUUCCUUUUAUUGUUAUUUUUGAAAUUGUUAUGGAAAGUGGCUUCGUUAUCUAAUCAAAUGUAUGAAAUAAAACAGGGAUAAAAAAGCAACCAGUGCUGAGUUUCUUGUCGGUUCUUCUCAGACAAGGUCUCUCGCUCUAGAUUUACGUACUAAUAGCAUAGUGUUUCGAUUCCACAAAUGCUUGUAUCCUAGACUUAGAUAAAUAAAUUACUUUACACCAUUUUCCAAUUGUUUUCACUUUUCAGGAUAAGCGAUUACGGUUAGGGAACAUUACACAAAGAUUUGCGUAGAUGGCAGCACUAACGCAUGUAGUAAACAUACAAAAUCCAUCAAACAUUUUGUCUAGAUAUAAAUGAUUCCUUUUAUUUCUACUUCCAAAUAGGCAGCAAUGACUUUAUCUAAUCUUCAAAUCAGCAUUACCAUUGUGGUGCAAAAGUAUACUUUUUAAUCGGUGUACAUUAGUCUUUUUUUUAUUAUGAAUUUUUAUUGGCUCUGUUCCAAUGUUUUGCCUGGAGUGCUCAAGUUUACUUGAGUCAGUGCUGUGUUUGAUGCCUUUAAUUUUUUAAAUAUAUGUGCUGGCGCUGCAAUCAGGCGACAGAAAUCCUCUGCUGUUGAUAGGCUUUCCCUAUGGAUGAAAUCAAAAUAACUAAUACAAGAACCAGUGCAGGUUGGUGGGUUUUAAGGACUGAAGAUAUAGAGAUACUUGCUUUCUGAAUUUCAUUGCUGUUGAAUGCAUAAGUUAUUAGCAUUUAACCUGAAUCUUAUCUCAAUUUUGUUAUUCAUGCAACCAAUGUUUAAUUUAUUAUAAUAAAUAGGUACUAU